AAGUUGUUUUAAUCGCGGAAGUGAAGUGGUACAGUAGUUCUGUUGUUGAAGCUGACUAGAGAUCACAUUUGGGAUUCUUUACAACGUUCAGGGUUUAUUUAUUUAUUUUUUGCUUUAUGUAGGUUUCUCAGAGGCUCACGUUCUCGGGUAGACCAGUCUGUCAGGUUGAGCCGUUAGCUGACAUGGCGGAUCACAUGGAUGUCAACUUGCCGCCGGAAGAGCGAGUCCGCGCUCUGACCCAACGAGGCAGCUCGGUGGAAGUCAACGACGACGUGCCGCCGCGACGUUACUUCCGCUCUGGCAUGGAGAUGAUCCGAAUGGCCCACAUCUACACAGAAGAGGGAAACCUCGAACGCGCCUUUGUACUUUACAAUAAAUAUAUUACGCUUUUUAUUGAAAAACUUCCCAAACAUCGGGAUUACAAGACGGCAAACAUCCCAGAGAAAAAGGACACAGUAAAGAAACUCAAAGAUGUGGCGUUUCCUCAAGCAGAAGUUCUCAAACAGGCUCUUUUAAAAAGAUUUGAACAAGAAUAUGCACAGUAUCUGGUCAAAAAGAAAGCGGAGGAGGAGGCCCUGGCGCUGGAGCAGUCCAGGCAGCGUGCGCUGGACGCCGAGCGGGAACGCGUCGCCGUAAUGCAACGGCGGCAGCGGGAGCAGGAGCAGUUCAGUGCCUUCGAGGAGAUGAUCCGUCGCCAGGAGCUGGAGAAGGAGCGCCAGCGAGUGCUUCUGGAGUUCGCCACGCCGUCCGCGCCUCCCGCCGACACGCCCCUCAUUCCUGGCAUCCAGGGCCCGCCGUUGGUGUCCCCCACCGCCCCGCUGAGCCCCGGCGAUUUCGGCGCCAACGACUAUCAGCACCAUCGGCCCGCUGGUACGCCGGGCACGCCAGUGGCCGGCCCACCCAGCUUUGACCGCUCGCUCAAACCCGGGUCUCUGGUCAGCCCCGGGAACAACAGUACGAUGGUGGAUGCCCUGCGGCAGCUGGCCGUUCCUGCUGAGCUGUGCCGCAGCUUCCUGAGGCUGGCCGAGGCCAACACCAGCCGCGCUGUGGAAACCUGCGGCAUCUUGUGUGGAAAACUGACCAGAAAUGCGUUCACUGUGACUCACGUCAUCGUGCCGAAGCAGUGCGGCGGGCCGGACUACUGUGACACUGAGAACGAGGAGGAGCUGUUCCUGAUCCAGGACCAGCACGACCUCAUCACCCUGGGAUGGAUCCAUACUCACCCUACGCAGACCGCCUUCCUGUCCAGCGUCGACCUCCACACACACUGCUCCUACCAGAUCAUGCUGCCCGAGGCCAUCGCCAUCGUCUGCUCGCCUAAAUUCAACGAAAUCGGCUACUUCCGGCUAACCGAUCGAGGAACGGACGAGAUCUCUUCGUGUAAACAGAAGGGCUUCCAUCCUCACAGCAAAGAUCCUCCUCUCUUCACACACGCCGGACAUGUGAACAUCACGGACGACUCUGUGAGCAUGAUGGACCUGCGGUGAUCUUCUGGUUCCACCCGAACACUCGAGGACUGUUUAACCGAACUGAACCUGUUUUACUGGAAGAAACUGAAAACACUCGUUUUAUUUUCCUGGACGGUACUGAGAAAAGCGCCGACCACGUUUACCGUUUAUUUAGACUUUUUUUCUUCUCAAGAGGAACUGUGUUGAAAAUUCAUAUAUUAUUGCACUUUCCAAACAAGCAAACUACUAUCAGACUCAUGGACUUCUGAACCUCUUGUGUUUUCCAUGCUUCUGUUUUUUAUCCUUAAUUUGUUCUCUGUUCUGCUUUCUUCUUUCAACAUGUGUGUCAGUGACCGCUGACAGGUGAGAUUCUGAUUCUACCUGACAGAUAAAGUGCCAAGGAUGAGAACAUUCAUACUUUGUUGAGUUUUUUGUUGUUUUUUUCCCUCAACUGUUUCAAACUCUUUGGGUUUUUCUUCUAUUAGCUUUUAGAGUGAUAUAACUGAUGAGAUGCAAGCCAGCAGUAACUCAGGUACGCAGGCAGUGCUGCUGUUCCUGCCCGGUAUUCAAGUUUCCCUUUAUUCACAAAACGAAGAAUUUGGUUUAAAAAGUUAUUCCGGUUUGUGACGGGAGCCAUCUUUUGAAUCAUUUCUUCAUUCUUUGUAUUUGUUUUCAGAGAAAGGCGGAUAGUAGAUCUAAGUUUUCUACUCGUCGUCAUACGGUGGUGUGAAUAAGCAAUUGAGUGUGGGCGGCUGCUGUGACGAAAAAAGACCUGAUUUAUUUUGUUUUUGGUUUUUUUGUCGCUCUUAGAUGUUUCAGAUCAUCAAGCAAAUAUAAGUAAAUCUGAAAACCAGUUUUUAAGUGAUAAUUUAAUUAAUUAAAGGAUAAAAAACUAUCCAAUGACUUGCUCCAUUGGGAAAACUGUGACUGAACAACUUCCACCCCCCCUUUUUAUAGGAGACUUUUUAUGCAAAAUUCACUUUUUUGUGCUUUCAUUAGUGUCAAAGCGCUAAAUAAAACAAAAAUUCAUCCGCUUUCUGGCAAUAAUUUAAUGUUUUGUUGGUGUUUGAGCCAUUUCAAAAACUUUACAAUAUAGACGUCACCUGUUGCUUAGCAACCCAAGCCCAUCCCAGCCCGUUACCUAGCAACGCCAGCAGAGUUCCGCACAAUGGAGAAAAAACUUUUCUGGACAAUAAUGUUGUUUCAAAGCCCUUUUUACUGAAAUACAUUUUAAAUAUCCAAAAUAAAUAAAACAACAAAAACAGUCAAAUGAAUUAUUGUCCUUCAGAAAAGGGGCUGAUUGAGACCAAAGCAUCAGAAAGAAAGACUUUUGUCAUCCAGUUUUUGAUAGAAAGAGAGAAAAGUGAUAGAUAAAUGCAAAUAGAAAUUGAGCUUUUUUAAAAUUUAUCAUGUGAUUAAUUAAUUUAUUGCUUAUUGCGACAGCCCUACUCGUCAGUUUCUCCACUGUAUGUACUGUGUAAAGACAAGUGAGUAAAAUACAAAGUGAGUUGAAGGGGCGGGGCCAGUAGCAGCUUAUUUGCAUAAAAGGGACAGAGCCCUAAAACAGCUCUUCUGAAAGGAGCUCAAAAUAGGCUGAACUGAGGAGGUGAAAUGUUAUUAUUUCAGAAUAAUUUUCUACAAAAAAAACCUGGAAUUAGCAUGUUUUGUACAGCCCAUAAACCUAUCCUAACUUGCUUAAAAAGAAGCGUAAUAUGUUCCCUUUAAGACAUCCAAGCUCAAUUUCACAAUUUUUGAUGAUUAUUGUAGAUGUAAUAAUUAACUAGUAAUUCCCAAGAGUUUGGGAUGUGAGUGAACCAAAAUGAGAUUCAUAAUCCACAAAUGGAGAAAACAUUCAGCAGUGGAGAAGCUUUGCAGGAGAGGUCUGUCAACCAAAGUUACUCCAAAACGCAUCAAAGAUUCAACCAGGAGGUCACAAAACAAUCUAGAACAACAUCUAACCACGGCAGACCUCGGUUUUGGCCAAAGUCACUGCUGACCCAAAAGAAACAAGAACUCAAUGUUACGUUUACCAAAAAGAAAACAUGAAGAUGAAGAGAAUAAUCCAAAUCACAGCAGCAAGUCUACCUCUGAAUGACUAAUAUAAACAAAGCAAAGUGACAAAAAUAGUUGCUAGUUUCAAAACUUCACCUGAUUUUUUUUUACUUAUUUUUGUCAAAUAUUUAAAUUUAUUUAUGAUCUGUAACAUUUAGGUGUGACAAGAAGCAAAAACGAUAGAAAUCUGAUUUUUUUUCACACCACUAUUUGUUACUAACGUGUUCAUUGUCCACAUUGUUUUAAUUUGAUUGCUCCUCUCUCUUGUAGCCAUAAAUAUCAAUUAUAUGCCAAGAAGAAAAUAAACUUAUAGAUGAA